GUAAAGCAAGGGAAAACAUGAUUUUACGAUGAUCACACUUUGUAAUAAAUCUUAUGUAGAGAUCAGAUUAAUCUAGAAUGUCAUGGCAAACUAACACUUAACAUACUGCUCACUAAAAUAAAAUUCAGAACCAAUUAUAACAUAUUAGUACAAAAGCUCUCCAAAGAUAUUUUAUUAGAGGUACAAUUAUUUCUCAUUUGUAAGAGCUGUGACUCUAAAACUUAUUAAUCACUGUAAUGGUCGUUACUUUAAAUUGUAGUGUGUACAAUACGAAGUCAAAUUAGUACAUCAGCUUGCCUCAUUCUAAUACUCUUUCGCUUCUGUGUUUAGUAAUACUUGCAUAAUAUUUCACUUUCUUCCGACUUUUAUCAGUUCGCUUUCAAUAAAGAUAAACAUUAUGAUGUCAUGUAUUCGGUAGAUGUCAACUAGCUUAGUUGGUUAAUGUUUUGAAGGUACUUAAGAUAUGAGAUCAAUUCUUGCCUCAUGCUUUAAACAUACAUGACAGUGUAGAAAUUCUACUUUAUGUUGACUAAAAAUAGUCAUAAACGUCGUCUAACAGGCUUCUAGUAUUUCUUUUUUUUUUUUUUUUUUUUUUUUCUUUUAUAGCAAUUUGGUUAGAUACCUUGCUGCUGAUAUCAGUAUAAAAUCAUGCAUCAAGCAGCAAAACAGUAGUAUAAAUAAGAAUCACACCAUCACUUUAAAGCAUUCACCACUAGAAAGUUUAAAAAAUGGCAUUCCAAAAUUCUGUUUACUUCCCCGCUUUUAUUAUUAUUCUAUAUAGCAUAACAACGACUGUUAUAUCAGUAAAAACUAGCUUUCAGAUUGAACUAGAAGCCUUACAGACCUUCAAGAAAUCUAUCACUAAAGACCCUCUCGAUUCAUUGUCCAACUGGGCUACCAAAAAACACCAUUGCAAUUGGACCAGCAUUUCUUGUGAUGCAAAUACAAGCAAUGUUAUUGCAAUAUAUCUUGGAGAGAAGAAGCUCAGAGGAAGACUGUCUGGUUCCUUAGGAUCCCUAUCCCACCUUCAGGUACUUGACCUAUCCUCUAAUUUAUUUUAUGGUCCGAUUCCUUUAGAGCUGGGAAACUGUUCCCAGCUCCUGCAGUUGAGCCUUUAUGAUAAUGUCCUCUCUGGACCAAUACCGUCAGUGUUGGGAAAACUCCCAAACUUGACAUACCUCGACUUGGGAAACAAUUCCUUCACCGGAAGCAUCCCAGACAGUAUCGCAAACUGUACAUCCUUGGAGCAAAUUGGGUUGAGUUCAAACAAUCUUACAGGUAAAAUUCCACUUAACAUUGGAAAUUUAGCUAGUCUCCAAGUCAUUGUUGCUCAUACAAAUAAUUUAGAAGGUUCCAUACCCAAAUCCAUAGGGAAGUUGACAGCAUUAAGGACUUUAGAUCUCUCCCUAAACAAACUAUCUGGGGUAAUACCAGCAACAUUAGGCAACCUGCAUAAUUUGACAUAUCUAAACUUAGAAAACAAUUUCUUAACUGGAAGCAUCCCUGAAAAUUUCUUCAACUGCACAUCUUUGGAACAAAUUUCACUCAGUUAUAAUAAUCUUACAGGAAAAAUUUCAUCUAAGAUAGGAAAUUUAGCUUCCCUCCAAUUUUUCAUUGCUUAUUCCAACAAAUUAGAAGGUUUGAUACCUGAAACUAUUGGGAACUUAACAGCAUUGACUGCAUUAGACCUUAGUGGAAAUCAGUUAUCUGGAAUAAUUCCUCCCAGCAUAGGAAACUUGAUAAACAUACAAACCCUACAUCUUAUGGAGAAUAAACUUACAGGAAAAAUACCACCUGAAAUAGGCCGCUGUAGAAAUCUAACUAAACUGAGUUUGUACAGCAACAAAAUAGAAGGCAGCAUCCCUUCAGAGUUGGGUAAUUUACGUAACCUGCAAGACCUAGCCCUAUAUAAUAACAAAUUAACUUCUAUAAUCCCCAAGUCCUUAGGGAACUGCAAACUUUUGACAACCUUACAAAUUUCAGCAAAUCAACUAAGCGGAAUUAUACCUCCUGAGAUUGGAUCUCUACCAUCCUUGGAAGUGCUGUUUCUGCAGAUGAACAAUCUGACAGGCCCAAUUCCAUCUUCUUUGACCAAUCUAACAAACUUACAACAAUUUUCAGCAAGUAUGAAUUUUCUCACAGGAAAAAUACCAUCUGACAUUGGAAAACUUUCUAGCUUAAAGAAGAUUGCUCUGAAUGACAAUCUUUUAAGUGGCUCAGUCCCUAGUAGCAUUACCAAUUGUUCGAACCUACUAGAUAUCAGCUUAUCUUAUAAUAUGUUAACUGGGAAGAUACCACAAGGUUUAGGGCGGUUGUCCAACAUCACAUUUAUUUCUGUUGGAAGCAAUUUCUUGUCUGGAGGAAUUCCAGAUGACCUCUUUGAUUGCUCCAAUCUCAAACCUUAGACUUAGCCACUAAUAAGCUAAGCGGGCCCUUGAAACAAAGAGUGGGGGAACUAAGCAAGUUAAAAACUUUACAACUUUCUCAGAAUUCAUUUAUUGGGAAUAUUCCACCACAGAUAGGUAACCUAACAAUGCUGAUCAGCCUAAGACUCCACACAAAUAGGUUCACCGGCCAAAUUCCUCUGGAACUCUCUAGGCUCUCGCUCCUUCAAGCCCUUACAUUGAAUGAUAAUGCAAUGGAAGGUGAAAUUCCACAUGAGUUUUUUCAAUUAAAACAACUCAACAUUCUUAAGUUGCAAAAUAAUCAGUUUAGAGUUCCAAUCUCAGAGUCUUUUUCUGAAUUGAAGCUUCU